AUGGAAGAACAAAUUGGAGAUGAGGAGAAGGACUGGCACUUUGAAUCAUCUGAUGAAGAUUACAGUUAUGAUGAGGAAUCAGAUGGACAUAUAGUUAGGAAGAAAAGCAAAUAUGCAAGGUUUAACACUGAAUCUGAAAUACCUCACUUCACAUUAGAGAUGGUUUUCAAAAGCAAGAAUCAGGUGUGCAAAGCUUUGAGGAGGUAUGGGAUAGCUACAAAGAGGAGCAUUGUGUUCCUUAAAUCAGAAGUGGACAGGGUUAGGGCCAAGUGUGGUUGGCCAGGUUGUCCUUGGCUCUUUUAUGCAGCAAAAACAUCAAGAUGCAGCAGGUUCCAGGUUAUUACAUAUGAAGAUGAACAUAGAUGUGCACAGAAUAGAGACAACAGGCUUGUCACUGCCAAAGUCAUUGCCCAAAGAUAUGAACACUUCAUUUUGGCAAAUCCCAUGUGGAAAAUAGAGAGUAUGAAAUCAACUGUUCUACAUGAUAUGUUUGCGGAUGUGUCAACUUCAAAGUGCAAACACGCCAAGAAACUAGUGAUGGAUAGACUAAUGAGUGGAAUGAAAAAUGAAUACACUAGAGUAUUUGACUACCAGUUGGAAUUACUUAGGAGCAACCCUGGUAGCACAGUGGCAGUGUGCUUGGACCCAACAAAUAUACAUCAAAAUAUUUUCCAGAGCUUCUACGUUUGCUUCAAUGCAUUAAAACAAGGUUUCAAGGCUGGUUGCAGGAAAGUGAUUGGACUAGAUGGAUGUUUUUUCAAAGGUGCAGUAAAGGGUGAAUUAUUGUGUGCCAUUGGCAGGGAUGCAAACAACCAGAUGUACCCUGUGGCAUGGGCAGUUGUUGAGCAGGAAACCAAUGAAACUUGGGCCUGGUUUGUUGGCCUUCUCAUCAAAGAUUUGGACAUUAACAAAAAUGGACAGGGUUGGGUGUUCAUAUCUGAUCAACAGAAGGGCCUAAUCAAAGCCAUGAAAGAUUACCUUCCAGCUGCAGAACACAGGAUGUGUGCUAGGCACAUUUAUGCAAACUGGAGGAAAAAGCACAGAGCACAUGAAUGGCAAAAAAAGUUUUGGGCAGUUGCCAAAGCUGCAAACAGGCAAGAUUUUAAUUAUUACAAGGCCAAACUAGCACAAGAAACACCUGAGGGUGCCACAGAUAUUAUGAGAACAGAGCCUGUGCAUUGGGCAAGGUCAUUUUUUCCAGUGGGGUCAUUUUGUGAGUCAGUUGACAACAACAUGUGUGAAUCAUUUAAUCAUGCAAUUGUUGAAGCAAGAUUCUAUCCAAUAAUUUCCAUGCAAGAGAAGAUAAGGAAGAAGGUCUUUGCUAGAAUUCAAGAACAAAGGGCCAAAGGCGAUAAGUUCAAUUCAAAAAUAUGCCCAGCCAUAUUUAAGAAGUUGAAGUCAAGUAUAGCAAGGACACAAUUUAUGGAGGUGUUAUGGAAUGGCAAAGAUGGCUUUGAAGUGAAGCUGCUCACAGGGAGGAGAAGGCAGUACACAGUGAGCCUUGACAAAAGAACCUGCUCGUGUGGAUACUUUCAAUUAUCAGGGAUUCCUUGUGCCCAUGCCAUUACUGCUAUAUACAAAUGUGGCAAAGUCGUGGAAGAUUUUAUUGCUCCUUGUUAUGAAGUGGAAGUCUUCAAAAAAAUAUAUGACCACUGUCUACAACCCGUGGAAGGUGAGGAAAUGUGGCCAAUCAGUGAAAAUCCUAGGCCUCAAGCUCCAGGUUAUGUGAGAAUGCCAGGGAGGCCUAAGAAAAAUGAUAGGAAGAGAGAAGAGCAAGAGAAGCCUAAAACAAAGAAAAUGAGCAAACAUGGAACUACUAUUGUCUGUUCAUUAUGUGGCAUUUCUGGACACAAUAUGUCAUCGUGCAAGAACAAUCCAAAUAGAGGCAAGAAGAAGUAUGCACACCUUGCCAAGAAAGGGAACACAUCUGAGCAAGUUCAAAGUCCUACGGUACCAGCUGCACCUGCUGCAGUAGCUCCAAGAACAACACCUGCUCCACCUGGUCCAAGAACAUCACCUGUUGCAGUACUUUCAAGAACUGCACCUGCGACUAAAUUUAAACCUCCCAGGAAAACUGCACAAGUUGAAGGAUCUGCAAGUACUGGAGCAAAAAGAGCGAGGAAGAGAGUUGCAUCUUCGAUCCCUACCUACUCCUAUUUUACAUGCAGUGGCAACUACUAA